AGUCAAUUAAACCAUGCAAAGUUAAUGUCCAAAAUUCAUGGGAAAUUAUCGAAAAGUGAAAGAGAAAAGGGAAAAUGCAGAAUCAAUCAGAAGCGUGGGGGCCGGCAGCUGCAUAAACACGUGUGAAGAACGUAAUAUAUCUCAUUGGGAUAAGCAUAAAUCCUUAUCUAAAAAUCGGAUUAUUAUUAUUUUAUCUCGAUUCAGUUCCUGAUUAUAUGACGACGAGCACAUUUAUCUGGUUAGAAGUUUCAGUAAUUUAAGGAUUUCAGUUGGGGAACUCUUCGAACUCUUCGAUCUCAAACAUAUAUAUUAAUUACCGUCAUUGGGUCAGUCUUCUUCACCUUGAAAUCUUUCUACCUCUCAGUCUACUCAAUUUCCCCUGUCUUUUUACAAAUAGUUGACUUCAGCAUUGUUCAUCCCUUUUCUUCACUCCGUUUUUUUCUGUUGCAAAGGUUUAUAUGCAAUUGUAAAAAUGGAGGCUUGGAAAUUCUUAUGGCUUUCUCUUACGCUGUAUUUAGUCUUGAAUGUUGCGAUUGCGGCUGGCCCUCCAACUUGUCCCGCAGAUGUUGCUAGUGAUUGUGCCCCUGAUUCGGGUGAAUGGAAAGGUGAAUUCUUCCCUGGAAUCCCUAAGAUUAAAUAUGAGGGUCCUAAAACCAAGAAUCAUCUAGCAUUUAAAUGGUACAAUGCAGAUGAGGAGAUCCUUGGGAAGAAAAUGAAGGAUUGGAUGAGAUUCAGUGUUGCAUUUUGGCAUACAUUUCGUGGGACUGGAGGUGAUCCAUUUGGAGCCGCUACAAAAAUGUGGCCAUGGGAGGAUGGUACCAAUUCUGUUGCCAUGGCCAAGAGAAGAAUGAGAGCCAACUUUGAGUUCUUGGACAAGCUUGGGGUUGAAUUCUGGUGCUUUCAUGAUAGAGAUAUUGCUCCUGAUGGCAAAACUAUUGAGGAAUCUAAUGCCAAUUUGGAUGAAGUUGUUGCCCUAGCGAAAGAGCUUCAGGGGUCUAAGAUUCAUCCAUUAUGGGGCACUGCUCAGUUGUUUGUGCAUCCUCGCUAUAUGCAUGGUGCUGCUACCAGCCCAGAGUUAAGUGUGUAUGCUUAUGCCGCAGCACAAGUUAAGAAAGCCAUCGAGGUCACUCACUAUCUUGGUGGGGAGAAUUAUGUUUUCUGGGGAGGUAGAGAGGGGUAUCAAUCCCUUUUGAACACAGAUAUGGAAAGAGAACUGAACCAUUUGGCAAGGUUCAUGGAAGGUGCUGUUGCGUACAAGAAGAAGAUAGGUUUCAAUGGAACUUUUCUAAUUGAACCUAAGCCACAAGAGCCAACAAAGCAUCAGUAUGAUUGGGAUGCUGCAACAGCAGCUAACUUCUUGCGCAAAUAUGGUCUUAUAGAUGAAUUCAAGUUGAACAUCGAAUGCAAUCAUGCCACAUUAUCCGGGCACAGCUGUCAUCAUGAACUUGAAACUGCUAGAAUAAAUGGUUUGCUGGGAAACAUAGAUGCAAAUACUGGAGAUCCUCAAACUGGUUGGGAUACCGAUCAAUUUUUAAUGGACAUCCAGGAAGCAACAUUAGUCAUGCUCAGUGUGAUUAAAAAUGGAGGAUUGGCACCGGGAGGUUUCAACUUUGAUGCCAAAUUGCGAAGGGAAAGUACCGAUGUGGAGGAUUUGUUUAUUGCCCACAUAGCUGGAAUGGAUACCCUAGCUCGUGGUCUUCGUAAUGCUGCAAAGCUGCUUGAGGAUGGCUCUUUGGAAGAACUUGUUCGCAAGAGAUACAGCAGUUUUGAUUCAGAACUUGGUGCCCAGAUUGAGGUAAUGUCCUUUCUGUCAAAAUUGAUGGUUUAUGUUCUCUUUUCCAUCUUUGGUGCAUGUCGUCUAUAACUAUGGAUGGAUCAUAUCAGGCGGGCAAAGCUGAUUUUGAAUACCUAGAGAAGAAAGUGAAGGAAUGGGGAGAACCUAAAGUUGGUUCUGCAAAGCAGGUACAUUUGCCUCCAGAUAUCAAAGUGUUAAAAAACUGUUAUUACCUUUUCCAUCAGAUGACCUUUGUUCUUUAUUAUUAUGGGUAGUAAUCAUGUUUUUCUUGCUUUUUCAGGAACUUGCGGAGAUGAUUUUCCAGAGUGCACUGUAGACAUUUCCGGGAAGAGAUUUCAGCUUUGUUACUCGUGUGUUGAAAAAAUAAUGUCUCUAGUUAGAAAGGCAGCAGCAGUAGGCAGUGGUAUAUUUAAGAGCUAAAGAGUUAACGGAUUUCCUUAGGAGCCUCACCUAAUGUAGUUUAGUGAAACAUUUUCAGAUCAACAAUAUAUUUGUGUUUCUAGAGGUGUCUUUUUCCCAUUUUCUGAGUUAUUACUCCAUGGUUGGUUCAUAUUCCACCUUCGAAAUCUCUCAAUGCUCUGUAGUCCACCUCUCUAAGAAAAGCCCUACAGGAGAAGUAUCAACAUUCAAAGGAAACUGGAGCGCGGGAGACCUCUUUUUUUGUUCUGUCUUUCACUAAUCUGCAUUGCCAUUCGAGCUUAAACAAUUAUGUUCUGUCUUAAAAUAUUUAAGAUGGAAUCAUAGGAAUUAUAUUUUAAAAAAAUGAAAACCAAUAUAGAAAGAAUAUCACAUGCUCCGGUGUUACAACAAUAUUCAUUCGUUUUAAACACCGUGCAUGGGUUGUUGCAUCCUCCGGGAGCCUUCAACGACGCCGGACAUUGGCUGUUAAUGUUGGCCGUGCACCGGAUGCCCCGGCAGUUGCCGGUGACCGGAGUAAACGCCAUGGGAACAUUGAUAAAGAUUAUGGCUGAGAUCCGGUGUAUUAGAAUGCAUGUUUCGCAACAUAAAACAAGCUAUAAUCUUUUAACAUAGUCUAGGAGCAAG